CGCACUGACGUCGGAAGCGCGUGGCACACCCUGUUUUUCUAGUGCGUUUUUCACCAUGUAAUCUCUUCUGAGCGAUUUUUUUUUCUCUUCGUUCGUCAAUCGUUCGUAAUUGUGUCUGAGACGUUGUCUCAACAAUUUUUUACUCGUUUUUACAAGGCAAUAUUAAAAGGGUGAAGUUCAUUUUCGGUUUGUUUGUAUGGUUGUAUUGGUUGUGGGGGAAUUACACAGAUUGAGUGGGGGGAAUUGAUAUAUUUUUUGUGUUUUUGGAUUUUUUUUUACAAUAACAAAGGGUAAACAUACGUUCAAGCUUCUAAAUGCUUUCUACUAAAUUGAAAAAGCCGUCGUACUAUUUGUGAUAUAUAGUGGUUGAAUAUUAAAAUAGAAAAUUAUUGAUAAUAAGCUAUAGUUUUUUACUUUUUGUACGCGUUCGCUGUUGGUGAUGUUUUAUAGCAAGCUUAAAAACCAUCACUUUGGAUAUAACUUUUGAGAAAAUGUCUAGAACCAUCAAUGAGUAUAGGAUUAAGAAAAUAGAGAGUCUCGGUAAAAUGACUGCGAUGACGCAAGACGAGAUAGUGACUGCAGUCAGGACGGUGGCUCAGGGAUUGGAGGCCCUAAGAUCGGAACACACUGGUCUUCUCCACGGUCUACACGAUGCCCCGGAUCCCCUAGCUAGCGAGAGGGCUUCCCUAGUGCAGCAGAGCGCUGAUAUGAUCGAGCUUGGCCUUGGAGAAGCGCAGGUCAUAACAGCCCUCGCCUCGCACUUGCAGCUGGUUGAAGCGGAAAAACAAAAACUACGCACUCAGGUCAGAAGGCUGUGCCAGGAGAACGCAUGGCUCAGAGACGAGCUGGCCUCUACCCAGCAGAGGUUGCAGGCCAGUGAGCAAACAGUGGCACAGCUCGACCAGGAAAAGAGACACCUGGAGUUCAUGAAUUCCGUCAGGAAGUAUGAUCAGGACCUGUUCGAGGACAACUCGAACGAAAAUUCUAAAUCGGAAAAACAGGACCCGGUCAUCGACCUAUUCCCUGACGAUGACGCCGAGGAUAGAAACGCAUCACCCACUCCUCCAAAUCAACUCACCCUGUCCCAGCAAGUGAACGCUGGCUACGAAAUACCAGCUCGUCUGCGCACCCUCCACAACCUAGUGAUCCAAUAUGCUUCACAAGGCCGUUACGAAGUGGCCGUACCCUUGUGCAAGCAAGCUCUGGAAGACUUGGAGAAAACCAGUGGUCACGAUCAUCCCGAUGUGGCAACAAUGUUGAACAUUUUGGCUUUAGUUUAUAGAGAUCAGAAUAAGUAUAAGGAUGCUGCUAACUUACUCAACGAUGCUUUAGCUAUCAGGGAGAAGACUUUGGGCGAAAACCACCCAGCGGUUGCUGCUACUUUGAACAAUUUGGCUGUGUUAUAUGGCAAGAGGGGCAAAUACAGAGACGCAGAGCCCCUGUGCAAGCGAGCCCUCGACAUUAGAGAGAAAGUCCUUGGUCGGGAACAUCCUGACGUUGCCAAACAGUUGAAUAAUCUUGCUCUGCUCUGCCAAAAUCAGGGUAAAUACGAGGAAGUGGAGAAAUACUAUCAGAGGGCUCUGGAAAUCUACGAAAAGAAACUGGGUCCAGAUGAUCCCAAUGUGAGCAAAACAAUGAACAACCUGGCGUCUUGUUACUUGAAACAAGGCAAAUACAAGGAGGCUGAGUCGCUGUAUAAAUCCAUCUUGAACAGGGCACAUGAAAAGGAGUUUGGAGCAAUCGAUGGUGACAAUAAGCCCAUUUGGCAAGUAGCAGAGGAAAGGGAGGAGAAUAAAGCUAGGAAUAAGGAGAACGCCCCUUACGGUGAGUACGGGGGUUGGCAUAAAGCAGCCAAAGUUGACUCUCCCACUGUUACUACCACACUGAAGAAUCUAGGCGCCCUCUACCGGCGUCAAGGUAAAUACGAAGCUGCCGAAACGUUGGAAGAUUGCGCUUUGAGAAGUCGUAAAGAGCACGUACAACAAGCCCUUGAUAUUGUCAAGCAUUCUAAAGUGAACCUUCUCGGUGACCUUGACAAACGUAAAUCUAGCGGAGCAAAAGAUAGAGCUUCAAGAAGAGGAUCAAGAGAAUCUCUAGAAAUGACCUAUGACGGUGACGAACCUAGUACUGCAAGGACUCCAGAUACUGAAAAGGGAGGAUUGAAAACCAAACUCUUUAACGCCUUGGGUAUAAAUUCGGCCACUACCAAACCUAGCUCUUAAUCCAUCGAACUAGCUUCAUCCAAAAAAAGCCCUUCGACAUUAAUCUAAUGAUUAUUAGUAAUCGACAUUCCACUCUUAAAAUGCACGACAGAAUUGAAAUCAUUGAGGUUACUAUGGACAUUUUUGAAUGAUUUUCAAAGUACUUGUUAAUCGAAUUUAUGCAAUUGAUUCCUAUAGUGAGAUCGAAGUUGAUAAAGUUUAUGUUGUUUGAAACGAGGGCGUUGAUAUAAAUGUGGAAACUAAUUUUUAUUUAUUACUGUAAUUUAUCUUCAUUAAUUUUUCAAUGGAGAAAUAAGGCUUCUUGCUUAACUGAUUUAAACAACUCUUCUGAAUAGCAUUUUUCUACUUCCUUAUGUAUUCGUUAUUAGAAUUUUCAUAUUAUCCUUUGAAUAAUUUCGAAAUUGAACAUAGUAUAUUUUUCUUAAUUUAUUCAAACAUUUAUCUAUUAAUUGAUUCAAAUCAUAAUUUAAUGGAUUUAAAUCAUAACAAAGUGUUUUAUCACGAAAUUAUUCAAAAUUACGGACCCAGUGAUGAUAUUUUUUUUUAUUUUAAGUUAUCAUGGAAAUCUAUUAAAAAGCUUUAAGGACAGAAAAAUUUCACUAAUUACGCACUAUUGUAACACAUAUAUAUGAAUUGAAUUUCUCAUGAAACGAUCAAAUAUUGUGAAUGAAAGCCUGCUAGGUCAAUUAAAUUUUAGUAGAAUUCGUGCAAUUUUUACAAGAUGCAUUUUCAAGAAAAUUAUUUUAUACAUAAUUCAAGUAGAUUAUCGAAAGGUAACGUGAAUGAAAUAAUAUUGUAUAUUCAAUGUAUAAUUAACAAGAUGUGUUGAAUUAUGUUUGUUAAAAAUAAAUCCAUAAAAUUUUA